CAAACCUUUGGAGCCUGGAGGGAAUCUCUUCGGACAAAAAGACUGUGAGCUCCGGAGCUGAACGCGCCAUGGAAACGGCGCCAUUCCUGCGGAACAGGUACUGGAUACUGAGGCACGGCAAGAGCAUUCCCAACGAGAAGGGCCUCAUCGUCUCCUCCAUGGAAAAUGGCACGCUUCCCGAGUACCAGUUGGCUGCCGAGGGGGGUGUCCAGGCUCAGCUCGCAGGUGAACUCUUUCAAAAGGAACUGAAGGAGAAUAACGUACCACUUGAAAAGGUUCGAAUAUGUUUUUCCCCAUUUUCAAGAACCACUCACACUGCCAGAGUUGUGGCAUCAAUACUGAAUCUACCAUUUGAGGGUCCUCAAUGUAAGGUGAUUGCAGAUCUUCGGGAACGUUAUUUUGGUCCUUCAUUGGAACUCAAAUCACAUGAGAAAUAUGCAGAAAUAUGGUCACUUGAUGAGAAAGAUCCAUUCCAGAGGCCUGAAGGCGGAGAAUGUGUCGAUGAUGUUGCUUCCCGGCUCGCGAUAGCUAUGGCCAACAUUGAAUCAGAAUUCCAAGGAUGCGCAGUGUUAGUGGUUAGCCACGGGGAUCCACUGCAGAUAUUCCAAACGAUUAUCAACGCCGUGAAAGAGCAAGCUUCUGGUUCAACAAUGGACAGCAUUGAUUCAAGAGUACAGCAAGUCAGGAUCGCUUCUAUCUUAUCUCAGCACCGUAAGUUCGCUCUAGAUACUGGAGAACUCAGAGCGCUUGCAUAAAUUCAAUCAUCUGGAAAAACUUGCUCAGUAGAGUUUGGAAGAUUCAGCACAAGAUUAACGAAAUUGUUGUCGAAAAGAUAUUUCCCCAAGGCAGGACUCAAUGGCAAUUGCCAAGUAUUGCAUGUAAAAACCGAAUGGUGUUCUUUCCAUCACAACUCUUGUAUGUCUGAAAUAAUAACACCAGCUGAUUGACAAGAUAUCUUUCGA